AUGCGUGAGUACGUGGGUAUCAGUGGACUUUUCACUGGAGAGAUCGCGAUGGAAAGGCAAACGGUGACCGGCAAAUUAUCGACAACCCUAGGAGGGAAGAUGAAAGGAGCGAUGAUUGCUCACACAAUAAUAGAUAACCGUUCAGCUGCAACAUCCUUUCGGUGCCUAGCUGCCAUGCCACCCGAAGGUUGCACGAGGGCUGGGAUACUGCCAGGUUGUCCAAGCCUAGACAAUGGAAGUCGAGAGGCAGAGGCCGAGUUCGAACCACGGACCUUCCGAUCAGUGAACCACAAUACAGUAAUGAUCACCUGCAUGCUCAUUAAGUUUAGUAACAUUAGAGAACUGCCUUUGGUGAUGUGGCCUAACCGCAAGGCAGCGGUGUUGAACUGGAAAUGCAAAUGCAUUACCAUUUCUAAGGAACAAGUAGCCAUACAUGUUUCAACCCCCAAUCUGGAUGGCCAGGAGACUGUGUUCGUCAGACCUCUAACCAUUGACCAACCUGUCCACCUACAGUGCUGUAUUCACGCACUAAUUUAUCAGCUCGCGCCUCCAAUGCGCAGUUACCUAUCCCACCUCCCCGAAUCAUCGCAAAACAACCGCCUUGUUGUCUUUGUAUGGACAGCCCUGACUCCCCGAGGUAGAAGUCAUUCAGUCGUCAAAAAGGACGCCUACAUUAUCGCUGAAGCUGUGCGCAGAUGGCGACGUCAUCGCGUCAAACAUUUCGAACUUACCGUGGGCCAACGAUCGACCACUUCCAUGCACGACGAAACACAAAAAGGCAAGGCGAAAAGUGGCAAAACUGAACCCUGUGGAAUCGAACCUGCUGUUCUCAUUGAGUUACCUACAUAUCCGGUUAAGAUGAACAGUUUCGUGAUACCCUACGCCGUAUUGUUUACGCAGCAGGUGCAGUAUGAGGAACCUCUAGCACCAAAAACCUUCCAUCUUUUACUGACGAUAUUGAAAACGACUAGAAUCAGUCAGCUCGGUCAGUUUAUCAGCUACAAACUAUGUAUCAAGGGUACACCGGUUGAAGUUACUACAUUUUCGGUCACCAGAGGAUGGGAGGUCGUGGAAUGGACAGUCAAGCACUGA